AUGUCUUCAACAGCCAACAAUAACAACGUGCAUGGCAUAGUAGCACCUGCUUGGGAGAAUGUACGUGCGGUUUUCGAACAAAAUAUAAUCGAUGAACUGGAUCUUGGUGCCAGUUUGUGUGUAUAUCAUCGAGGACAAUGUGUCGUGGACUUGAGUGGUGGUUGGAAAGAUGUUGAGAAGACGAAACCUUAUACACCAGAAACGCUGCAGAUCGUUUACUCAACAUCGAAAGGAGUGAUUGCGGCAGCUGUAGCUUUGUGCGUUGACAAAGGAUGGCUCGAUUACGAUGCACCAGUGGCGAAGUAUUGGCCAGAGUUCGCUGCUGAGGGAAAAGAAAACAUCACUGUGGGUGAAGUACUCUCUCAUCGAGCUGGCCUACCCUAUGUCGAUCAACAACUGACAGCAGAUGAUGUAUAUAAUUGGUCUCACAUCACUGCUUUGUUAGCUGCUGAAAAACCUCAUUGGAUACCUGGAUCAGCUCAUGGCUAUCAUGCUCAUACGCUUGGAUUUUUGGCCGGCGAACUGGUUCAUCGAGUCGAUCCGAAGAAGCGUUCGUAUGACCAAUUUGUUCGUGAUGAAUUGGAAGACGGUUUCUAUGUUGGUGUAUCUGAUGACAAGAUAGAAGCACGCGUUGCUCCUCUCAUCAGAAAACAGGUCAAUACUAAUACGGCUGCUACACCACCGAUGCCUCUAGAAGCUGAAAAAGCCUUAACAUUCAGUGGUGCUUUCCCUCUCAAUCAACCUGAUGGUAAAAUUCUUUUUAACUCGCCUCGUCUACAUCGAGCUGAAAUGCCAGCUACCAAUGGUAUUACCAAUGCUCGUUCGUUGGCUCGCAUUUAUGCAUUGCUCAUCGGAGAUAUUGACGAAAAUGGAUCAAAAAAGAAGCGUCUUGUGCAUGAAGAAACAUUGGCACGAGCAGCCAUCAACAUGACACCUAUAGAUGAGCCUGAUCAGAACUCGUACGGAUUGAAAACAACGUUUGCCAAGGGUGGUUUUCAAAUAUAUGGGAAGUAUUUCAAUGCAUUGGGUGAAGGCAUCUUCGGUCAUACAGGUAGGGGUGGCAGUUGUGUUUUCGCCUAUCCUCCACAUGAAUUGGCCUAUGCACAUGUAUGCAAUCAACUUGAUACAACUGCAUUUGCUAUUGAUCGGCGUACUCUUCGUCUUCUUGAAGCGAUCAAAGAUGUCAUUAUUCACUUGAACGCGUCAUAG